AUGAAGUCCACCAUCUUCGCCCUCGCCCUCGCCGGCGCAGCUUCCGCCCACACCACAGUCUGGAACGUACUCGUCAACGGCAAAGACCAAGGCGUCGGCAACAAAGCCGGCGGCUACAUCGACUCGCCCCCCAACAACAACCCCGUGCUUGACGUGUCCACCAAGGACAUCGAGUGCAAUGUCGCCGGCACCAAGGCUUCCAAGUCCAUCAGCGCCAACCCCGGCGAUGAGCUGGCCUUCCAGUGGCACCACGACACCAACAGUGCGAGCGACGACAUCAUUGCGUCGUCGCACAAGGGCCCGAUCAUGGUGUAUGCCAGCAAGGCUGGCACCUCGAGGAGCUGGACGAAGGUCUGGGAGGACAAGGCGAUUACCGGUGGAAAGUACGCUGUUGACAGGCUUCUUGCUGGAUCGUACACUGGCGUCAAGGGACAGCAUAAGAUGAAGAUUCCCGCUGGCCUCGCUCCCGGCGAGUACAUCUUCCGCCCUGAGAUCCUCGCCCUUCACGAGGGCACCAGAGCCAAGGGCGCCCAAUUCUACAUGGAGUGCGUGCACGUCACGGUCGGAGGAUCCGGCUCCACCGCUCUUCCCGCUGGCGUCUCUUUCCCCGGCGCCUACAAGCAGGACGAGGCUGGCGUUAUGUUCAACCUCUACGGCGGCGCUGCCACCUACCCUGGCGUCGGACCGGCCGUGUGGUCUGGAGCUGCCAGCGCCGCUGCUGAGCCUGCUGCUGAGCCUGCUGCUGAGCCUGCUGCUCCCGCGACUACACCUGCACCUGCGCCUGCGCCUGUUGCUGAGCCUGCUACACAGUCUUCUACCCUGGCGACUGUCGCUAAGCCUGUCGAGACACCUGCUGCUCCCGGUGCUGGUGCGGUUACUGCGCAGAAGUUUGCUCAGUGCGGCGGUAACGGAUACACUGGUGCUACUGCUUGCGCGAGCGGAGCUACUUGCACCAAGCAGAACGAGUACUACUCGCAGUGCAUUUAG